AUGUCUACAAAACCUUCAAUUCCUGUGAACAAUUGUCACUUUGAAACAUGGCGACUUUUUGAUCCAUAUUAUCUUUGUUGCUUUUGUAUUCCUGUAACUAUUCACUAUUUUCUGUUAAUAAUUGUAAUCAAAAAUGCAAAAAAGGCAAAUGGUUUCUUUUUGAUAUUUUAUUAUAUGGGAACUUCCGAUUGUAUUUAUUGUCUCACAAUUAUCUCUUCUGAAUUCACUCAUAAUACUCAACUUCUGCCAAUAUUCAUUUUCACUUGCCUUGUAGUUUUGUCUUAUUACGGAGUAUUUUUCAACCACUUAGGAAAUAUUCUUCUAUCUGUAAACAGACUUUCUGCAACAUGUGUUUGGUACAAUACGUACUUUGACAAUUCAUCGAUAAGAGCGUAUUUUAUCUUCAUAACAAUGUUUUCAUUCAUUUGUACACUGCCUGGAGGUCUUGUGAUGUUGAUAUAUUAUUUUAUGGAUUGGGGAACACAGGCUCAAUAUUCAAAAACUGGUCAGUUACUAAAAAAUUAUAUUCUGGAGGAUGAUUAUAAAAUUCAAAUUUUUAUUGAAAUUUCGGAGUGUGUGAAAAUAUUUCAUCUGGCACUCUAUAGCUUCUAA